UAUAAAUUCAACCUAGAUAGGCGAUUUCAACCUUCUUUCUCAUGCCCUAGUCUAACCGUUUAUUCUACCAUCUAUUCCGUCCCUCUGUUUUCCCUUUCUUCUUAUUUAUUUUCUCUUUUAAUUUUUCUCUUUCUUUCCAUUAGAUUCCUCCUCAUCGGGAGUGCUUCUUAAUUCUGUAUAGCUCGUUCAGGUGUAAAUUUUUUGUUGUUGUGAGAGAUCUCAAAGAGAUUUGAAAAUGAACCACUGUGCAAUUCAGCAGAACAGCUAUGCUGCGUGUGAAGAGAUUUGGGCCACCGCUGCCGAUAGAUCCAUGGAGAGGAAGGAGACCGUGGUUUGCCCUAAGCCACGGCGACUCGGCCUAAACCGCAGCACUCUUGAUCCAGCUUUUGCUACACCCUCGAGAUGGCAAUUUAGCCAUCAACAAGAGGAUUAUGAUGCAAAGGCUGGAAAUGAGCUACUGGACAUAAUUCUUGCACAGGGUGGUUCGAGUUCGGACCAAUCCGCUCGACAGGUAGCCUCGUCGCCCCCAUUUUUUUCCGGGUCGCCGCCGAGUAGAGUAUCUAACCCGCUAAUUCAAGACGCUCGUUUUGGAGAUGAUAAAGUCGUCCCAGUCCUGAUCCCGUCAUCCGGGAUGGCGCCAUCCUCCUCCUCUGCCCGCAAGGGAUGUGUGAGGUCUAAUUUUGGCAACAAUCCAGCCGUCCGGGUCGAGGGUUUCGACUGCCUGGACAGGGAUGGGCGCAACUGCAGCAUCCCUGCCUUGGCUUGAGAAAGAAUGAGUACAUACAUAGUGAGAGAGUGAGAGAGAGUUAAGAAGGUUUGAGGCAUCAAAUUUUAGAAGAAGAACAAGAGAUUGGAAACAAGAGUAACAUUUUGAUCAUUAGCUUACCUCCUACAUGUUGAUUUUGUCGUCUAUUAAUGUGUAUAUAUAUAUGAUGUCAUGCAAUAUGUAUGUAAUUAACCGAGUUGAGGUGAGUUGGGUCGAGUCUUUGUAAGUACAUGAGAAUGAAGUUAUUGAGCAAUGAAACAAAUUAAUAACUA